UUUGACUUAUAAAUACAGUACAUCCUUAACGAGAAGGCAUAUUUGAAUUUAUUCCGCCAAACAAAUCACAUUUAUAAUAAAAAUGAACAAGUUUGUUGCUGUCGCCUUCUUCGCUUUUAUUGCAGUUAGUUGGGCUGCUUCCCUCGGGGAGCCUGACCACGCUGCAGCCCAUGAAAGCCGCGAAAAAUUCAAGAAAGCUCAUGAAAAGUGCCAAGCUGACCCAGCCACAGCAGUUGACGAAUCCGCCUUGAAAGCACUGCGUGAAGGAGGAGCACCACCAGCAAACCAUGCUGCACAUGCCCUUUGUAUUUCCCAGGCUCUUGGUUGGCAAAACGCUGACGGAUCUGUCAACAAAGAAGCCAUCAAAAGCAGAGCCGAACACAUCUUCGGGUCAUCUCCCAAACUGAGCGAAAUCAUAGACGAAUGUUCCCUGCCUCAAGCUUCACCAGCUGAAACCGCUGUCCACAUUACCAAAUGUUACGCUAAACACAGCCCACGUCCAGAAGGACAUGGUCCUCAUGAUCAUUAAAUCUAAGAAAUAAAUGUAUUAUAUGCUUUAUGUAUAACAAAUGAUGUCAUGUAUAUAACAAAAAAGUUUUGACCUGUCUAUAAUUUCUUUUAAAGACAAUAAAUUGUAUAAAAUAGAA